AAGAUGAUACAAAUUCCUCUUUCGACAAUCCAUGGCCACCUGUCAAGACUGUCUCAGAAAGCCUGCGGAGUCUCCUGCAGCUAGCUUUGCCCUUGACUUUACAGUAUACAAUAGUGUAGAGGGGAAGGCUGGCAUAUGCGCUACCUGGCUUGGUCACGCCGGAUUUCUCGUGCAGCUCCCUGCUCGUGGAUAUGUAAAACCUGUGCAUAUCAUUUUUGACCCGAUUUUCGCAGAGUCUGCAUAUCCGUCUAAUGUGUUCAGGGGUUUACGCAGACGCCUUCCUGCGCCAUGUACUAUCGAUCUCCUUCCUGAGAUUGAUUUCGUCGUAAUAAGUCAUAAUCAUUAUGAUCACUGCGAUACGGAUACCUUAUUGGCCAUCUGGAAGCGAUCAACGCCUGAUAGGCCUACUCGGUUUCUUGUUCCACUUGGAGUUCGGGUCACCUUGGUAGCUGUAGGCAUUCCCGAGUCUCAAGUUUUAGAGCUGGAUUGGUGGGAUUCUAUCGCAUACCCGUCGUAUUCUUCCUCCUUCUCACCUGAUGCUCAACUUGACCAUGCCUCCGACCUUGUAUUCACAUGUACUCCAUGUCAGCACACUAGUGGAAGAGGUGUCUUCGAUCAAAAGGGCUCCUUAUGGUCAAGUUGGGUCCUUCAGCAGAAAUCGACAAACGGUGACCCCGUGGCUUCAGUGUAUUUUGCAGGAGAUACGGGAUACCAGACAGCAAGCGGACCCUGCCCUGCUUUUCAAGAGAUCGGUGAAAAGUUCGGGCCCUUUGACCUCGCAAUGAUUCCUAUCUGGCGAGGUGCCACCCUAAGUUUUCUGGGGCAAAUAGGCUAUCGACUCGCAGACGAAACCCAUCUCGCAACCACUCACGCCUCGCCAGAAGAUGCCGUCUUACUCGCGCAAGACGUACGAGCUCGUCACUCGCUUGCAAUGCAUUUUGCCACCUGGGCAGGGAGUGACGAUGAGGCGGUGGAACCUCUCGUGAGACUUUGCCAAGCACGAAGUGGUGACUGGAAAGAGGAAGGAGGGUUUGGUGCAAUUGAUAUCGGUGAAACUGUUGUUGUACCUGUGAAUUCUAGCUGAGUUUUGGUGUUCGAUCGAGUCAUCUGUAAUACUCUAUAUUGAAAUAAGGGAAACAAUAGAUGAGCUGCACUCGCCUCUGUAAGCGCGUUUGUCUGCUUCCACCGAUUUGUCACCUCCUCCCUGAGUGCGACCCAAUUGUCCGCCUCCACGAACAUAUCGUGCUGCUCAUAGGCUUCGGGGUCCUGGGCAACGAAAGCGCCUUCCUUGAUAUAAUUGAUUAUGAGGUUGCCGUCCUACGUACACGAUAAACGUACGCCAAACCUUUGUUUCAGCAUCAAGUUUUACAUGUUGAUGCUCGGAAUGCGUUGCCUGGUCUGUUUUCUCGGUCGACAUGGCGGGCGAGAAUGAUGAGAUAUUAAUCAAGCGGGGACCUAUACAACGCGAUGUGAAUACAACAAAAUUAUUUGCGAUGACCGGCGCAAAAUAUGGAACAGAGGAAAGGAAAAGGAUUGGAAUAUGGAUGCGGCCCGUUACGAGAAGAAAAGGCAAGCCUUAGAACUUUAUAAAAAAUAAAGCGAGGUUGAUUGAAACCAGAAA